UCCUGGCUCACCUGGACACUCUGUGAGUUUAUAUGGAAUUGAUCCUACUGUCAUGGAUUUACACUGGGCACUCGUGUGUGUGGCAGUGCUACUCAGUGUUUAUGUGAGGUCUGAGAGGUCAGAGAUGGACGCAAACCGGGAUCAGGCAAGCCGACUCAGACACAUGUGGCUGCUGUCAAUCAAAGAAUCAAACAUGAGGCAGGACGGUAGGAUUGGUUUGCUUUAUGUUUAUUCCGUUGGAAAGGUCAAAACGUAUCAGCUCCUGUAUUGCCGUAUUGGGAUUGGUUAUCAUCUACAGAUCCAGCCCAAUGGGACUGUAAGGGGUGUGCAUGAGCCGACUGAGCACAGUUGGUUGAAGGUGUUUGCAGUGAAGCCUGGAGUAGUGGGCAUUCAUGGCGUGAAGAGCAAACUGUAUUUAUGUAUGAAUAAUGACGGAAUUGCACAAGGAAAGACAAAGUUCUCAGCAGACUGUCUAUUUAAGGAGCACCUAGAGGAGAACCACUACACAACAUAUUCAUCUGCGGCUCAUCCAGGCCUAUACCUGGCCCUGUCCCACCGAGGACAUCUCAGGAGAGGUCACUCGGUGGGUCCGCACCAUGCCAGCAGCCACUUCCUGCCACGCAAAGUCACAGUGAGCUAAACAACAUCAGCAAAUUAAGCAUCAGCUAUACCACUCCACAUACACCACAGCUUUGGUUAUGAAAUUUCAUGGACUGUUUGAACAGAAGAAAUACUUCCUCCGCAGUAGCAAACAGAUGUUCCUGUGAAAUCCAACAGGC